AUGCAAGCCCCCCGCCAUGUCCAGUUUGCCCUUGGUCGAAACACCUACCACUCGCCUCCGGGGUCGCUCAGCUCUCCAUCGAGCUCUACUUCGUCCACUCUAUCAGCUUCAAGCGCCUCGUCUUCCACUUCUUCCUCAUCGACUCUCUCGCCGGAGGCAGCCACUGAGCAGGCGUACAAGCCAGUCAUUUACAACGUUACCCUACCCUCACCCAUAAUCAUUCAAUUCCCCGCGCCUAAUCCACAGCCUUCAACCACCCUUCCACGGGUAGCCCAUCCUCUCCUUGCUUGGAAAUCUCGCACUCGCCAAAUCAUCUACGACAUCCGCAAGCCUCCCACAACCGCCUACAGUCUCGCACCUGGCGCGCUUCCCCGCGCGCUUAUCGAGCCUGCCACCUUGACACCUUGUACAACCAUAUCCAUCGUCACGCCACACUUCCCCGGAGCCAUGGAGGUGUACCCGGGCGCACCCAAUACCCACCCCUACGUGACCGUGCACGACGUCCUGCGUACCAUAUACCAAGAGCUCCAGCAGCCCGCUUCGCGCACCGAGUAUCGCGCAUGGCUGCCAACGAAGCGCCUGAGGCGCCAGGCAUCGAGGGCGUACGAGAGACGAUGUCGCGACACGGGUGCUUAUGGGUCGGGUCUGAUUUAUGAACGCGAGCAGGGCCUCAAGAGGGUGGAUUUCCUGCCGGGAUUCAUGUUCCAGGGCCUUGAGCCGAAAUCGGGGGACGCGUCGAAUGUGUGGUGGUUGCGCACUUGUUAAACUCGCCUUCAUUUUGCGAUAUACGAGGAUGGUAAUUAAGGGAAGCUUUCCCACCUGGAGAGAUAUCCGAGGACGGAUCCCAC